UCAAUUAAACGGUAUGUCAAAAUAUCGUAAGCAGAGCGGUUUGUUAGAUCGCUACACUGCAUCUUUUUAGAAUUUUGUUGAUAAUUUCCCUAAUAUUAACCUAUGUAAAGUAUACUUUUUAAACUAAAGGUAACAUAAAACAACGAAAAUGGGGCGACGUUCGAUAAAUACCACGAAAAGUGGUAAAUAUAUGAAUCCUACGGAUCAAGCGAGAAAAGAGGCCAGAAAAAAGGAAUUAAAGAAAAACAAACGGCAAAGGCAGAUGGUACGAGCAGCUGUACUGAAGAUGAAAGAUCCAACACAGAUCUUGGAAGAGUUACAAAAAAUUGAUGAAAUGGAAUACAAUGUCUUACAGCCUUCGCCAUUAAAUGAAAAAGUUUUAAAAGAGAAGAGAAAAAAAUUAAGAGAAACUUUUGAUAGAGUACUUAAGAUGUAUGAUAAAGACGAUCCAGAAAAAUGGGUUGAAUUAAAACGUCAAGAAAUGGAAUAUGAAAAACGGAGGGCUCAUUUAAUAUCUUAUUACGAAUCUGUGAAACAUGCGCAGUCAGUGCAAGUUGACGAUAUUCCACUGCCCACAUUACAAGUACCUGACAAUUUAUUCAACAAUGUGCCUUCACAAAUACCUCUGCCAAUGGACCCCACGCAUCCUGCCUCCCUCGUGAAACCUAUUCUGAAAAAGGAUUCAGUGUAUAAAGAGAGACCGAGCGGCGUGGAACCUCCAGGAGUACCGCCCGGCGUGCCGCCUGAUUAUGAGCUCCUAAUCGGGGAAGUUAUCAAGGAUAAGCUCAAAGACAAGAAGAAUUUGCGGUUCUCUGAUAUGCCUGAUGAAGGACCUCCAGGAGAGGCGCCCCUACCCAAGCCUCAAGCAAAACCUCCACCAGAGAACAUAGAUGGUGAGGCAGUUGAAGAGGAAGGGCCCGUACCGGUGCAAGGCCAGGGCGCUGCAGCGACUCAAGCGCCUAAACCCACGUCACUACAGCAGAGGAUGUUGGCUCUCUCCGGACAGAACAUAGACGACUUCAUGAAGGAAAUGGAGGAGGUGCAUAGGAAGAGGGAGAGGGAUCGAGCAGCUGAUUUGAAUGCCAGACUGAGCGCCCUGAAGCGCACGGGCGGUGGUCGCGACAGUGACAGUGACAGUGACACGGAGGGCGGGCCGCCGCCGCUGUCGGCGCUGGCGGGCCACGCGCCGCCCGACUUCGCGCUGGAGCCGCCCGGCGCCGAGCUCAGGCAGAUGCCGCCGCCGCUGCUGCCUCCAGGUCUCCGGCCACCGCCGCUGCGCGCUCCUCUCGCUCCGCCAUUGAGGUUGGGCCCGCCUGGCCCUCCGGGACCACCGCCCGGACCUCCAGGACCUCCGCCGGGACCACCUGGGCCGCCCCCAGGCGCGCCGGGCGCGCGCGGCAUGCUGCGGCCGCCGGGCCCGCCGCCGGGCGCGCCGCCGCGCCUGCUGCGGCCGCUGGUGCCGCCGCCGCCGCCCAAGACGCACCCGCCCGUGUCCGUGCUCAGCGCCGCGCCCGUGCUCAUCACCAAGAAGGACGCGCAGCAAGGUGCAACAAUCAGUGCGAAACCACAGAUCAGAAAUCUCUCAGCAGACGUCACACGAUUCGUUCCGUCCGCAUUACGAGUCAAACGCGAGGACAAAAAAGCUAAACCGGGCAUCAAAUCGGGUCUCGUCCAACGACCGGCUGAUAUACCCAAACAAGCUCCCAGCAAGGACGAUGCUUAUAUGCAAUUUAUGAAGGAAAUGGAAGGUUUAUUGUAGUGCUGGUUAAGACUGUGAAAGUAUUAGUCAACCUCUUUGGGCAGUUUUUUCUAAAACAGUAGAGGAGAAGCUUCAUUCAUACUCCAUCAAAAUAAAAGUGCAGUGGAGCGUAAAAUACAUGCGAAUAAAAUUCAAAUCUAUGCUCUUGAGUUAAGGUUGAAUUUUGCUACAACAAAGUUUUGAAGCUCUUCGAUUCCGUUGUAUGAAUGUACCUUAAUUUGAGCUACACCUAAUCACCUUUCGAAAUCAUGUAGGGUUGCAGGUCUUGCGUUGUGGAAUAAGUAACUUAAGCAAUACAAAGAAAUAGACUGAACUUUAAAAUCAGUUAAUUGGUUACUCUUGUUUAUGAAGAAUACAACAUAGGUUAAAAUAUUAGGUUUAAUCCUAGAACCGGCCCAAUUUAAUUUCUGUAAAUAUUAAGUUUAGUAUGUAUGGACUAAAUGAAUAAAAUGAUUUAUUUGUUUGCAA